AUGACCCAGGAGCGGCGGAGGACGACUACGGGGACAACCCAUUGUACUGGUUUCACUCCAUUUCAAGUAGCAAAUGGUCAAACCUUUGUGGCCAUGCCUGAACUCCUCACCAAAGAACCUGAGAUCCCCUCCUUGCAGGAGUGGAUCAAACAAUUGGAAAACACCUGGCCAGUGGUCAGGAAGGCCCUGGAUGAAGCCAGGGAGGCCUAUAAAGCCCAAGCUGACAAACGGAGGGUAGAACAGAAACCGUACAAAGUUGCGGACCGUGUAGAGGAUGAGACAGUUUUACAUAACAUUCCUUAUAUGGGUGAUGAAGUGCUUGAUCAGGAUGGAACAUUUAUUGAAGAACUAAUAAAAAAUUAUGAUGGAAAGGUACAUGGAGAUAGAGAGUGUGGAUUUAUCAAUGAUGAAAUAUUUGUGGAGCUAGUCAAUGCACUUGGCCAGUACAGUGAAGAUGUUGAUGAUGACGACGAUGAUGGUGACAAUCUUGAUGGGAGAAGUGAAAAACAGAAAACUCGGGAGACCAACAAAAUGGAAAAAGAGUGCCAUCUGCCACGGAUGUUUCCUUCUGAUAAGAUAUUUGAAGCCAUUUCUUCAAUGUUUCCUGAUAAGGGUACAGCAGAAGAAUUGAAAGAAAAAUACAAGGAACUUACUGAACAACAGCUUCCAGGAGCUCUUCCUCUUGAGUGCACACCAAACAUAGAUGGACCAAAUGCCAAAUCUGUUCAGAGGGAGCAGAGUCUACAUUCCUUUCAUACUCUCUUUUGUAGACGGUGUUUCAAAUAUGAUUGCUUCUUACAUCCAUUCCAUGCAACUCCUAACACAUACAAACGGAAAAAUACAGAAACUACAAUAGAUAAUAAACCUUGUGGGCCACACUGUUAUCAACAUCUCCAAAGAGUUUGCAGCUGCUUUGACUGAUGAAAGAAUAAAAACUCCUCCAAAGCGCCCAGGAGGUCGCCGAAGGGGAAGGAUUCCGAACAAUACCAGCAGGCCCAGCACGCCAACCAUAAAUGUGCUGGAAUCAAAGGAUACAGACAGUGACAGAGAAGCUGGAACUGAAACUGGAGGUGAAAAUAAUGAUAAAGAUGAGGAAGAGAAAAAAGAUGAAACUUCAAGCUCCUCUGAAGCAAAUUCUAGGUGUCAAACACCAAUCAAGAUGAAGCUAAAUAUAGAGCCUCCAGAAAAUGUUGAAUGGACUGGUGCUGAAGCUUCUAUGUUCAGGGUUCUCAUUGGUACCUACUAUGACAAUUUCUGUGCAAUAGCCAGGUUAAUUGGGACCAAAACAUGCAGACAGGUAUAUGAGUUUAGAGUAAAGGAAUCUAGUAUUAUUGCUCCAGCACCUGCUGAAGAUGUUGAUACUCCUCCAAGAAAGAAAAAGAGGAAACACAGAUUGUGGGCUGCUCAUUGCAGAAAGAUACAGCUGAAGAAAGAUGGGUCAUCUAAUCAUGUUUACAACUACCAGCCAUGUGAUCACCCACGCCAGCCUUGUGACAACACAUGUCCAUGUGUCAUGGCACAGAACUUCUGUGAGAAGUUCUGUCAGUGCAGUUCAGAAUGCCAAAACAGGUUUCCUGGGUGCCGUUGUAAAGCACAAUGCAAUACAAAGCAGUGUCCUUGCUACUUAGCUGUACGUGAGUGUGAUCCAGAUCUCUGUUUGACAUGUGGAGCAGCUGAUCAUUGGGACAGCAAAAAUGUGUCUUGCAAGAACUGCAGCAUUCAACGAGGAUCCAAAAAGCAUUUGCUGCUAGCACCUUCUGAUGUGGCAGGCUGGGGGAUUUUCAUUAAGGAUCCAGUGCAGAAAAAUGAAUUCAUCUCUGAAUAUUGUGGUGAGAUUAUUUCUCAGGACGAAGCAGACAGAAGAGGGAAAGUCUAUGAUAAAUACAUGUGCAGCUUUCUAUUCAAUUUGAAUAACGGUGGUGUGAUCAGCAAAGAUGGCACAUUAUGA